AUGAGCCAGAUCCUUGCAAAUGAUUCAGUGACAUGGCAAUCUACCCAACAGUGGGAGGCCAUGAUGGCAGUCCUGCAAGGCACUACAGACAUCAUUGCAGUGCUACCCACUGGUGCUGGAAAAUCCAUGCUUGCAAUAGUCCCUAGCAUCAUGGAAGAAAACAUGGCAACCAUUCUUGUCUUACCCCUCAACUCUCUCAUCAUGGACUAUGAACACCAUCUACAACAGAUGGAUGUACCCUAUCAGCUGUACCAGGGAGGGCAAGAUGAAGAGCUGAACACAGUUCAUAACCUCAUCCUGACAUCAGCAGACAAGGCUCAAACAAGCAACUGGUGA